GCCCGGUCCUACUCCUGCCGCUUCUCCCCGGAGCGGGACGGCGUGUCCGGGGAUGCAGAGCAGGAGGUGGAAGAGGAGGGUUCUGCACCUCCUGGUCUGAUACGUGAAGAUCUACCUUGAGUGAAGUUUGACAGAAAAUGUUACAGAGGUUUUGUCUCUGGAAAUGUUUACCUGUAGGGAUUGCAGUUGCUGCUAUCUUAGCAGGUUGUUUGGCCCAGAAUGAUGAAGAUUGCAAGUUGGCCAGAACAGGUCCUCCAGCCACAAUAGUUCCUAUUGAUGAAGAAAGUCGGAACGGCACUAUCCUAGUUGACAAUAUGCUGAUCAAAGGGACAGCAGGAGGGCCAGACCCCACCAUUGAACUCUCCUUAAAGGACAACGUGGAUUACUGGGUGAUCCUGGAUCCUAUCAGCCAGCGGUUAUACCUCAAUAGCACUGGCCGAAUUCUGGACAGAGAUCCACCCAUGUCCAUUCAGUCCAUUGUGGUGCAAGUGCAGUGUGUGAACAAAAAGGUUGGCACCGUUAUCAACCACGAGGUGCGGAUUGUGGUGAGAGACAGGAACGAUAACUCCCCGCAGUUCCAGCAGCAGCAAUACUACGUGGCAGUGAAUGAGUUAACCCCAGUUGGAACAACCAUCUUUACAGGAUUUUCUGGAAACAAUGGUGCUAUUGACAUUGAUGAUGGUCCAAAUGGCCAGAUAGAAUAUGUUAUCCAGUACAAUCCUAACGACAAGGCUUCCAACAGGACCUUUGAUAUUCCUCUCACUUUGUCUGGAGCAGUAGUUCUGAGGGAAAGACUAAAUUAUGAAGAAAAGACUCGUUACUUUGUUAUUGUUCAAGCAAAUGACAGAGCCCAAAAUCUUAAUGAGCGAAGGACAAGUACAACCACCCUAACAGUAGAUGUGCUUGAUGGUGAUGAUUUGGGACCAAUGUUUCUUCCUUGUGUCCUGGUGAAUAACACUCGUGACUGUAGACCUCUCACCUACCAAGCAAGCUUGCCAGAACUGACUGAGCCUGCACGUGUGAAUCCCAUCAGUGUCACCCCACCCAUACAAGCCAUAGAUCAGGACCGAAACAUCCAGCCUCCUUCUGAUCGACCGGGCAUCCUCUAUUCCAUCCUAGUUGGUACUCCUGAGGAUUAUCCACAAUAUUUCCAUAUGAAUCUCACAACAGCUGAACUCACACUCCUGAAGCCAAUCAAUAGGGAUGUACACCAGAAGUUUGACUUGGUUAUUAAGGCUGAGCAAGACAACGGCCACCCUCUUCCUGCCUUUGCCAACCUGCAUAUUGAAAUCCUGGAUGAGAACAAUCAGAAGCCUUACUUCACAAGAGAUACAUAUGCAGGCUUCAUCCUCGAGUCCUCCCCAGUGGGAACAACCAUCUCUGAUAACCAUAAUCUGACUUCUCCCCUACAAAUCAUUGUGUUGGACAAUGAUGUGGAGGAGACCAAGGAUCCCCAGGUGCAUCUUUUUCUGAAUGACUACAAUACAGUUUUUACUGUGACUCGGAGUGGCAUCAUCCGCUACCUCACCCUGCUGCAGCCCGUUGACAGAGAAGUCCAGCAGCUUUACACCUUCUCGAUGACAGCUUCUGAUGGUGUACAGGAGAGUGUCCCAGUGACAGUCAAUAUUCUGGUGGUCGAUGCAAAUGAUAAUACCCCAACCUUCUCGAAUAUAUCAUACAAUGUCAAGGUUUAUACAGAUAUGAUGCCUGGGGAAGGCGUUAUAAAGCUCACUGCUGUAGAUGCGGACGAGGGAUCCAAUGGACAGAUAGUAUAUGAAAUUUUGGCUGGGGAUCAGGGAGACUUCAUCAUCAAUGACCGAACAGGCCUUAUCACCAUUGCUCCAGGAGCUGUACUGUCAGUGGAGCGAUCCUAUGCUCUCACUGUCAAAGCAUCUGAUAGUGCUCCUCCUGCGCAGAGAAGGAGCUCUAUUACUACUGUUUACAUUGAGGUUCUUCCUCCCAACAACCAGAGCCCUCCCCGCUUUCCCCAGCUGAUGUACAGCCUUGAAGUUAGUGAGGCCAUGAGAGUUGGAGCUGUUUUGUUAAACUUGCAGGCUUUUGAUAGAGAGGGUGACCCUAUAAGAUACCUCAUUCAGAAUGGAGAUCCUCAACAAGUUUUUAAUCUCUCUCGAAGUUCUGGACUGCUAGCCUUAGGAAAACCCUUGGACAGAGAAAGCACUGAUCGUUAUAUUCUGAUUGUUACAGCCUCGGAUGGCAGACCAGAUGGGACCUCAACUGCUACUGUUAAUAUAGUGGUGACAGAUGUAAAUGACAAUGGACCUGUUUUUGAUAUGUUUCUGCCUAAAAACCUGUCUGUACAGGAAGAGGAAGCCAAUGCCUUUGUUGGUCAAGUAAGGGCUACAGAUGCAGAUGCUGGUGUUAAUGGUCAGGUUCAUUACAGUUUGGCAAACUUCAACAAUCUUUUCAGAAUCACAUCAAAUGGUAGCAUUUAUACAGCAGUCAAGCUGGACAGGGAAGUAAGGGACUAUUAUGAACUUAUUGUUGAAGCAACAGACGGAGCUUUGGACCCUCGGCAUUCAACGCUAACUUUAGGAAUCAAAGUGCUGGAUAUUGAUGACAACAGCCCUGUUUUUACUAAUGCUUCCUACACUGUGACUGUGCCAGAAAACCUACCACCAGGCACUGUCUUCCUGCAAAUAGAGGCAAAGGACGUUGAUCUUGGUUCCGAUGUUAACUAUCGAAUACGGACACAGGAAGCACUGGAGUAUUUUGCACUGAACAAGUACACAGGAGAGUUAUCACUUGUGAAGUCCUUGGAUUAUGAAUCAUUCUCUGACACAGAACCAACCUUAAUCUUUCUUGUGGAAGCCUUCGAUAGCAAGGGGACGAUGCCUCCUGGGCUUGCUACUGUCACAGUGAGAGUGAAGGAUAUGAAUGAUUACUCUCCAGUAUUUAGCAAAAAUCUCUACAGGGGAAUGGUUGCUCCUAAUGCAGUCAAGGGCACCAUUAUCACCACCGUUUCAGCUGAGGAUCAAGAUCCUCCGGGCACACCAGCAAGUCGAGUCCGAUACAAAGUGGAUGUGGAGCAGUUUCCUUACAGUGCCAGCAUCUUUGACGUGGAGGAAGACUCAGGACGUGUAGUAACCCGAGUAAACCUAAAUGAGCAGCCAAGUACAGUGUUUAAGCUAGUGGUCAUUGCCUAUGAUGAUGGGGAACCUGUGAAGUUCGACACUGCUACUGUAGAAAUUGCUGUACUGCAGCCUUCAGUAAUUCCACGCUUUACGCAGGAUGAAUACAGACCCCCUCCAGUGAGUGAAAAUGCCCCAAAAGGAGCCAUGGUCGCCGUUGUUACAGCAGCUGCCUUGAACCAGACAAUUGUGUAUUCGAUUGUUUCUGGAAAUGAAGAGGAUGUGUUUGCUAUUAAUAACAGAACAGGUGUGAUCUCAGUAAAAAAGUCUCUGGAUUAUGAAAGUGUGAAAAGUUACGAGCUUCGGGUUCAAGCAGACUCCUUACAUGUGGUACAAUCCAAUCUGCGUGUCCCUUCCAAAAGUAAUACAGCCAGGGUGUUUAUUGAAGUAAAGGAUGAAAAUGACCAUGCACCGGUCUUCACCAAAAAACUGUACAUAGGAGGAGUAUCUGAAGAUGCCAGAAUGUUUUCUUCUGUGCUUAAAGUUAAGGCUGAUGAUAAAGACACUGGGAAUUACAGUGCCAUGCAAUAUAGACUCAUCAUUCCUCCAAUCAAGGAUGGUAAAGAAGGUUUUGUGAUUGAAGCUUACACAGGACUUAUAAAAACUGCUAUGAUGUUCAAAAAUAUGAGAAGAUCCUAUUUCAAGUUUCAGGUCAUUGCAACUGAUGAUUAUGGACAAGGACUGAGCAGCAAAGCAGAUGUACUUGUCUCUGUUGUCAAUCAGCUGGAUAUGCAAGUCAUCGUCUCUAAUGUUCCUCCCACCCUUGUGGAACAAAACAAAGAUCAACUAAUAGGGAUUUUAGAACGCUAUGUCCAAGAUCAGAUUCCUGGUGCAACAGUCGUGGUGGAAUCCAUUGGUGCACGGAGGUUUGGAGAUGGGUACUCUGAAGAGGAUUACACCAAGUCUGACCUCAUGGUCUAUGCAAUCGACCCUCAAACAAAUCGAGCUAUAAUGAGGAAUGAACUUUUUAAGUUCCUGGAUGGCAAGCUGCUGGAUAUCAACAAAGACUUUCAGCCAUACCUGGGGCAGGGGGGACGCAUCCUGGAGAUCCGCACCCCGGACGUGGUGGCCAACGUCAAGAAGCAGGCACAAGCUGUCAGCUUCACCGAAGGCGCCUUGCUCGCCCUGGCUGUCAUCAUCAUCCUCUGCUGCAUGCCAGCUAUUUUAAUAGUUAUGGUCAGCUACAAACAGAGACAGGCUGAGUGUGCAAAGACUGCAAGAAUCCAGAUGGCUUUACCAGCAGGGAAACCAGACAGCACUGCUGCCAGUAACCUCUAUGAAGAGCUUGGUGACAGCACCAUGAGAGGCUAUGCACAGCAAGAGCAACAGCAGUUGCUGAGACCUUCUCUUCUUAGACCAGAGGAGUUAAGUAUGGAGUCUGGAAUUGAUCCAGGGCAGGAAUAUUAUGGGCAAGAUUACUACAGUUAUGAGCAUGGGUUUGAGUUACCACAGUACGGGAGCCGCCGGCGGUUGCUGUCUCCAUCUGGGAUGUAUGAUGAGUAUGGAGAAGUCGUGGUGGAGAGUGAUGGUGGCUACUACUAUAGUCCUCAUGGAUCAACAGCAGAAGAGUGGGCCAGAAAGAAAAAGAUCAAGUUGAUAGUCGACCCAGAGUAUGAGACCAGCUCCAUUGGAGAAGACAGCACUCCUGAUUCCAGCCAGAGGAAUCGUCUUAAUAACCCAAAUACUCAAAACAACAUCAAUGGUAACAUCUACAUUGCACAGAAUGGCUCUGUUGUCAGAACCCGUCGCGUUUGCCUUGGUAAUAAUUUAAAAGUCACCUCUCCAGUGAGGCUGGGGAAACAGUUCAAGAAACUGGACAAGCUGGCAGUGACACACGAGGAGAAUGUCCCACUGAACAUGAUGUCAAAGGGACCAUCUUCUGGUGAUAAAAUGAACACAAGACCUUGCAGUGUCUCAUUUGCUUCCUCUACUAUAGGGGCUGAAAAUACAGUAACAAAGCCAGGGGGCUCCAGAAUGAAAAGCACAGAAGAGCAAGAAUCAGUUCUUGAUAAUGAGGAUGUCAAAGAGCCUUUGGAGUCGCACAGUGAACACACUCAGUCAGAUGAAGAGGAGCUCUGGAUGGGCCCCUGGAACAACCUUCACAUACCAAUGACAAAACUGUGAUUUGAUUUUAUUUUUUUAUUUUUACUUCAGUUUAUAAUAAACUGCGCUUUUUAUUGUCACAGAAGAAAAUGUAUGAAAUUUGUAUUGUGCACAUACGUU